AUGAGUAAUCUUCAAACUGUGAAAAAGCAACUGGAACCAUGGUGUGAACUUAAAGACAAAGUGGUUCUUGUGACAGGAGCUUCCUCUGGUAUAGGAAGAGAGAUCUGUCUUGAUCUAGCCAAAGCUGGCUGCAAGAUUAUAGCAGCAGCUCGUCGUGUCGACCGUCUCGAAUCUCUUUGCUCUGAAAUCAACAGAACCGGAGUCCAAGCCGUUGCCCUUGAGCUAGACGUGUCAUCAAACGCAGCCACCAUUCAAAAAGCGGUAAAAGAAGCUUGGGACAUCUUUGGAAAGAUCCAUGCGUUGAUCAACAAUGCCGGAAUCAGAGGCAAUGUCAAGUCUUGUUUAGAUCUGUCAGAAAACGAAUGGGACAACGUCUUAACAACCAACUUAAAAGGAGCUUGGUUAGUAGCCAAAUACGUCUGCGUUUUGAUGCGUGACGCUAAAAGCGGUGGUGGCUCGGUGAUAAACAUUUCAUCCAUCGCAGGGUUUCACCGCAGUUUAGCUCCUGGUGCACUCGCGUAUGCUUGUUCCAAAAGCGGUGUUGAUACCAUGACAAGAAUGAUGGCUAUUGAGUUAGGUGCUUAUAAUAUUAGAGUGAACUCGAUCGCGCCGGGGCUUUUGAACUCAGACAUCACAAAAGAUCUUAUGCAGAAAAAGUGGCUCAAGGUUGUGGCCGAGCGGAUUCUACCGUUAAAGGUGAACCAGACCGUGGAUCCGGGUCUCACUUCUCUCGUUCGCUAUCUACUUCACGACUCUUCUCAGUAUGUCUCCGGCAAUAUAUACAUUGUUGACUCUGGAACUACACUGCCUGGUCUGCCCAUCUUUUCUUCUCUAUGAAAUCUUAACACCAUGUUGUAAUAUAAAUCUUGGGUGUUUCAUGUGUGUAGUUUUCUUUUUGCUAUAAUAAGUACAAAUGUACACUUAUUAUAGCAAAAAAACAAACAGAGAGAUCAAGGUCAUCUUUCAUUACUAUUCUAAAAAACUAUAUUUUUUUUAUAUAUGGCAUUUGGUACUUACAGAAGAAACAAGAACUUUGGUAGCACAUGAUCUAAAUCCAGAUUUACAACCAAUCAAUUGCUCCAUUGCUCCUGCCCAAAAAAAAAAAUUCUCCAGUGCUCUUGCCAGAAAAAUUAAUUAAAUAAAACUUUACUUAAAUCCAAAAAAAUAAG